AUGAAGAAAAGCUUCGCAGCAUUUUUUGCCUGCCCCCUCAUCUUUAACGCUGCGUAUUCCUUAAGUCUAAGCAGCGUGAAUGAGCAUUUUUCCGACCAUUUGACCAGGGAUAACAGUGACGAAAAUGGCAAUUUAAAUUUAAUGCAAAAUAGCCCCCCUCACAGAAUUAAACGGAGGUAUAACAACAAUUUAAGCAAUGAAUCAGAUAGUGCCAUGCAACCCGGUGAAAUGCGAAGAGACGGUUCUGUAUACUUAUAUUUCACAAACCAUAAUGCACAUUUAGAAGGAGAUUCUUCACACGAUGCUACUGCAGUGGGUAAAGGCAAAAACAACUUCCAGCGCGCACACAGAGGUACACCACCUAGCACGGAAAAAAAAGCUGUAGGUGAUAGCACCCCGCGGAGGAAAAAAACGCACGGUAAGCACAGCACUUGGACUACAAAAAGUGAAGAACAACAAAAAGCACGUUCUGUUCGAAGUAAAAAUGAUGUUAAAAGGAACGGCACUGGGAGGGCAUUAUCUAGGAAAGGUGCCCCACUCAGCAAGCUUCAACUAACCAAUGUUGAAGACGACGUGGUUGAAAGCGGGGAUGAAGGCGAUGAUUUCCCAAACGUGGAUGGCGACUUAGGUGAUGACUCCUUCGACAAUUUGUUUGGCGGUGACGAUGCGUUUGAUAAUUUGUUUGGCGAUGAUGAUACGUCAGACAAUUUGUUUGGCGGUGAUGAUGCGUCAGACAAUUUGUUUGCCGAUGACGAUCCGUCCGACAAUUUGUUUAGCGGCGAUGAUGGAGAUAGUUUGAUGGACACCACCGGUGACUUAGGUGAUGACUCUGCGGAGAGUCUGCUUAACGGUGAAGAGUAUAACUCGAUGGACGAUUUGGGCGACAAUUUUCUAAGCGAGGACGGUAGCGACCGCUUGGUGGAUGCCGUCGAAGGGGACCUCGGCGAAGGUUCAGUCGAUAAUUUGUUCAGCGAAGAGGAGGACAGUUUGGCGGAUACCGAUAACGACUUAGGUGGCAAUUCGGCAGAUAAUUUGUUCAGCGAAGAGGAGGAUAGUUUGGUGCAUACCGAUAACGACUUAGGUGACAACGAUUUUGCGGAUAAUUUGUUCAGCGACGAGGGAGACAGUUUGAUGGAUCCCACCCAAGGCGGUCUUGGUGGUGACUCCAUCGACAAUUUGUUUACCGAUGAUAUUGAUGUUGAUGGCGAUAGCGAUGAUAGCGGCGGUGGCUUAUUUAGCAGCCUGGGGGGUGAUAUACAAGACGAGAAUUUAUUUUACCAGGAUCACUACCAGUCAGAUAAUAGCGGAGAUGCCUCACUUGGCGACGCUGCGGUAGACUCUUUAACUGAUGAGGAGAGCGUGUUAGGCAGCAUCCGGGAUGACCUACCCGGUGAUAACCCAUUGGACAAUGUGCGUUCUGAAUACAGUAGCCGUGGCGGUAGUGGCAGCGGCAGCGGCAGCUUGCGUACAUAUGGCAAAAUGAAUUCCCUAAGGAACGACUUACUGAAUGGAGCGGCGGAUGCCAGUGCCUACGACGAGUUAGACGGAAGAAGCCAUGUUGAUGCAAGUGAAGCGACUAAUUAUGGCAACGAGAAAGGAGACAGUUCUGCGAACAACAAAAGGGACGUCUUCAUUGAUAAUCCGGGUUUAUCCAACAAAAUGGGGAAAAGUACCAAAUCUGAUGAUAGGGGGGAUGUCCUACCUAGUAGCAAAAGAGAAGUAGUCAUGGUAGAGCCACUAAUUUCUAGUAGCAAGAAGGGAAACCAAGAGAAAACUAACAAGGGUAAUAUGAUGAACUCCAACCAGAGAAGCGGUUCUGCCCCCACAGUGGAUUCAAAGGGGGGGGACAACUUCUCAGGCGCUUCAAGCGGUAGCAAUGAAGGGAAUGCCCUGGGAAAAACCGCUACUAAGAAAUCGGCAAGUAGUGGCCAAGCCGACCCUAAUGGUGCGUUGAGCCCGAAGGGUAGGGCGAGUCCCGCGGAGAGGGGCGGCCAGGAAUCGCCAAAGAGCAGCAAAAAGGACAGCAAUAAAGACAGCAAAACGGAUAGCCAAAAGGACAGCAAAAAGGACAGCAAACCGGAAAGCAAAAAGGAUAUCCAAAAGGAUAGCAAACAGGAUAUCCAAAAGGAUAGCAAACAGGAUAUCCAAAAGGAUAGCAAACAGGAAAUCAAAAAGGAUAGCAAACAGGAAAGCAAAAAAGACAGCAAAAAAGACAGCAAAAAGGAUAGCCAAAAGGACAGCCAAAAGGACACCAAACAGGGGAGUAUCAAGGGAAUCGAAAAGGAAAGUAAAAAGGACAUCAAAAAGGAAAGCAAACAGGGGAGUGUCGAUGGCAGCAACAAGGGUAGUGUCAAGGGCACACUAGACAAACGAGACAAAAACGACCGCAAGGAAAAACCCACUACUAAUAAAAAUCCAAAUAAUAGCCAAAGUGGCACUAACGGUACACCGAAUAGUAACCGAAAGAAUGACGCAAAGGAGAAGCCUAGAGUUGAAAAGGAAUCCACUGCACAGGAAAAGGUAACCACUAGCAGUGAGGAUAGCAAACGGGGCACUUCCAAGAGCACGGAUAGAAGCCAUCCGGAUGGGAAGGUGGGCACUAAGGGCGCACCAACAAGUGCUGGCAGCACUAGCGGUAGCGGAGGCAACGGAGGCAAUAGCGGUGGUGGCCAAAUGGACAAGGGGAAGGAAACUGACGCAGGAGGAAAGGCCAUUCCCAGCAAGGCGAGUGACUCGAAGGGCACGGAAAAAAACACGGUGAAGAGUAAAGACGAGCCUAAAGGUGAAGGAAACUCAGCACCCCCCGUCGAAAGGAGUGGUACCAGCAGGGGCGUCACUACUAAGGAGGGACCCCACAUUGAGGAAAGACCCCCACUAGACAGCGUUAAUAAAAGGGGCAACACAGGAGAGGAAAGCGCGAAGGAGAAGAACAAUUCUGCAGAGGCGUCAAGCAGUGUACGCGAUAGAGGCAGUGUGGUUAGCAGCGGCCGUGGGGGCCACCUAUCAAAGGAACCCCCAAAGGAAGCCCCAAAGGAGCCCACUGCACUGCCGACCCCCAUCGGUGAAACCAUAAACAUAAAAAUAAUAGCCAACCCUAACUAUGAAGUAAAUCAAACGGAGGGGAAGCAAAAAAAAAAACGAGAUACUCAUCGCAAAGGAAGGGGGAAAAAGAAUCGACCGUCGUCCAAAAAGAGAAGUGGCAGAAGUUACAAUGCAGACAGGGGAGAAACCCGGAGGGAUGACUUGAGCAGCAGUGGAAAUUUAGGAAAUGCGGAAAGGAGUGAAGAUUCGCCAGCGGGACGAAGUGGUGUGGAUCCUAAUUUGGACGUCCAUCUGCGCAGCAGUGGGGAGCAGGGUGGUAAACCCACUUCGCCUGAGGGGGGUGCACACAGUCGAAGCGAAAGCCCAUCGGAGCUGUCCGUCUCCAUAGAAUUGCCGCACGGAUUGAGUGAAGUCAAAAAGGCAGCAGCGGUUAUGAUCCCGCAGGGGGGACGUGCGGAGGAGGAGAAAGAGCUAAGCCUUCUCCAGAUGCGCGCCGAAGAGGCGAACGAGUUUCGCGGCGAAUCAAACGAGUCUGGCCGCGAAUCAAACGAGUAUGGCGGUGACGCGAAUGAUCCCCAAAACGAACCCAUCUUAGAAAAAGCGAGGGAAGAUAAAAACCUAGAAAGUUUCGGAGAAGAAGAAACUGUGGAAAAUAUAGCGUCAAUAGAGCACCCCCUAAUUAGGAGGAAGAAAAAUAUAGUAAAAAAUGCACGUAAGGUGUAUGACCUAAAUUUGUACAACUGUACCUUCAUAGAGGACUGGGACUUAAAUCAUGAGUACAUGGAUGAAGAGGGUUCGCUGGUGAAGUUAAGUGGGUAUGUUUUUCAAAACGUGGUGAAUUCAGAUUUGAUGCCAACGGCAAAUAUAACCGACUGGAAGUUAAAAGGGUCGUGUGAUUAUGAUAAGUAUGUGUGUGGGGCUUUGGGCUAUAUGAAUAAUGUGUACAGUAAGGGUGAAAGGGUUAUAUUUGAAGGUCGGGUGUAUGAGGCCACCAGCGAUGCCUACGGGACUCCGAGGGAGAUGGAGAACGUGUGGGUGGAGAAGACGGAUGACUGUUACGAUUUUUAG